UAUAAGCUGUGCCCACACAAAACCAUCACAACGGAUCCAACGGCUUCUAUUUCAUCUCGCUCUUCCAUAUAAUCACCCUCUCUAUUUUCGCUUUCAAAUUCAUCGCUUUUUUCUCAGCUCUCUCCCUCUCUCUAUAACUCUCUCCUUUCCUUGAUUUAGUUUGUUUUGUCAGGCAGUAGAAAAUGGCUGAUGGUGAGGAUAUUCAGCCCCUUGUCUGCGACAAUGGAACAGGAAUGGUUAAGGCUGGAUUUGCUGGAGAUGAUGCUCCACGUGCCGUGUUUCCCAGCAUUGUUGGUCGUCCUCGUCACACUGGUGUGAUGGUUGGCAUGGGCCAGAAAGAUGCAUAUGUUGGUGAUGAGGCUCAGUCCAAGCGUGGUAUUUUAACUUUGAAAUACCCAAUUGAACAUGGUAUUGUCAACAACUGGGAUGACAUGGAAAAGAUCUGGCAUCACACCUUCUACAAUGAGCUUCGUGUUGCACCAGAAGAGCACCCUGUACUUCUAACUGAGGCUCCACUGAACCCCAAGGCUAAUCGUGAGAAGAUGACCCAAAUCAUGUUUGAGACCUUCAAUGCUCCUGCUAUGUAUGUUGCCAUUCAGGCUGUCCUAUCCUUAUAUGCCAGUGGCCGUACGACUGGUAUUGUGUUGGACUCCGGUGAUGGUGUCAGUCACACAGUCCCCAUAUACGAGGGAUAUGCCCUCCCACAUGCUAUCCUUCGUCUUGACCUGGCUGGCCGUGACCUUACUGAUGCCUUGAUGAAAAUUCUCACUGAGCGUGGAUAUUCUUUCACCACGUCAGCUGAACGGGAAAUUGUGAGGGACAUGAAAGAAAAGCUGGCUUACAUUGCUCUUGACUAUGAGCAGGAGCUAGAGACUUCCAAAACUAGCUCAACUGUUGAGAAGACCUAUGAAUUGCCUGAUGGGCAGGUCAUCACCAUUGGUGCUGAGCGUUUCCGUUGCCCAGAAGUCCUCUUCCAACCAUCCAUGAUUGGGAUGGAAGCUGCAGGCAUCCACGAGACUACAUACAACUCCAUCAUGAAGUGUGAUGUGGACAUCAGGAAGGACUUGUAUGGUAACAUUGUCCUCAGUGGUGGCACAACCAUGUUCCCAGGUAUUGCUGACAGAAUGAGCAAGGAAAUCUCUGCAUUAGCCCCAAGUAGCAUGAAAAUCAAGGUGGUUGCACCACCAGAGAGGAAGUACAGUGUCUGGAUUGGUGGCUCCAUUUUGGCAUCUCUCAGCACUUUCCAGCAGAUGUGGAUUGCAAAGGCAGAAUAUGAUGAAUCUGGACCAUCCAUUGUGCAUAGGAAAUGCUUCUAAAUAUAAUUUCACAAGAAUAGGACUGUUGAAGAAGAGAAAAAAAAAAGUAUUAUUUUUAUUUAUUGGAAAAAAAGUGGGUAGCUUUCCACCCUUUCUAUUCUAGCUUUGUUGUCCUUCAGUGUUUAUCAUAGUGUUGGAGUGAUGACUUUGAGAAGGCUAGGAGUUAUUGCCAAAAUGGUCCAAUUCUUUCAUUAUUAUUAUUCUGAAAAUCUUUUUUUAGAUGC